ACAAUUUUCAAUUUUUUCAGAUUUUACUUGUAAAGCUUAUUUAGUUUUUAAUUUUCCAAAAUGUCCAGUGUGCGGGAUUAGCUGCUGACUGGUUUUUCGCAUGUAAAUAUGUUGUUAAGGUACUUAGUCAUCUGCAAACUGCUACAUUGCCGACGUUGAGAAGUGAUAACUUGUGAGUUGUUCAAUGUAGCAUCUAGCACUAGACUAGCAGUAGCAUCUAGCAGCUCACUUUUGCACUGCUCUGUCCGUACAGUGGAAUCUUCAUUUUAAGUUUCCAUUUUCCUUAUCGCAUACAUUGUCGUUACAACAUCUGCGGGUCUGCACACGCCAUGGCAGAAGCCACCGAUUGUGCACGGGCUGAGCCCGUCUCCAGCCAGGAUGGAACCACGAGGAAUUCCUCGACUGCUGAAAAUAAACCCACUGUUCCUCCUCCCAACUACAUUCAGAUGCACGGCACCCUGUGCGGCCAUACCCGUUCGAUAGCGUCGCUGAAGUUCAGUGCGGAUGGAAUGUUCCUAGCCAGUGCAGGCGCAGAUAAAAUGGCCAAGACAUGGUGCGUGAAGGAUGGAAAAUUCGAGAGGUCCUUCAUUGGCCACAAACUGGGUAUUAACGAUCUAGCGUGGUCGGCGGAUGGGAAAAAUUUGUUAACAUGCUCGGAUGAUAAAACGCUGAAACUCUGGAAUACCAGCACGGGAACUCCUUUGAAAACUUAUAAAAGUCACACGAAUCUCGUAUUUUGUUGUGCGUUCAAUCCGGCCAAUAAUCAGGCAGCCUCUGGCUCGUACGAUGAAACGGUCCGUAUUUGGGACGUGUCAACAGGCAGCUGUAUUCGCGCUCUUCCUGCUCAUUCGGAUCCUGUCACGGCCGUUGAUUACCAUAAAGACGGGCUCUUGCUAGUGACAUCCGGUUAUGAUGGGAUGAUUCGCCUGUGGGAUCCGAAUCAGGAUCGCUGUAUUAAGACCAUCAAGGAAGAAGAUGGCGUGCCGAUCUCACAUGUGAAAUUCUCUCCCAAUGGCAAGUAUAUUAUGGCGGCCACAUUAGACAACCGGAUCCGCUUAUGGGACUAUCAGAAGGGAAAGAAACUGAAAGAUUACACCGGUCAUCGGAAUGAGAAGUACGCCAUAGUGUGUAAUUUUUCCGUGACGGGUGGAAAAUGGGUUGUCAGCGGGUCGGAAGACAAUGCUGUAUAUUUAUGGGAUCUCCAGACGAAGAAGAUUGUCCAGAAGAUCGAGGGACACAAUGAUACAGUGGUAGCUGUGGCGUGUCAUCCUAAGGAAAACAUUAUCGCUACUGGCGCCUUGGAAAAAGAUAAAAUGAUUAAAUUAUGGAAAAGUGACCAUUGAACAGCUUGAAACCACGACCUGCGGGAGCUUUUAUCCCACAUUCGGCAUGCGUAAUUUCAGGGUUGGAAUACAUGUCUGCUUUUGUUUUCAUUUUGAUUUUUAAUCGUUUAUUCUGGAUUUACAUUGACGAAUAUUGCUUGUUGGUGGCGUGAAUCCGUAUUGUAUUCUCUCAACAAAUCAAAGUAGCAUUUUCACGUUGUCAGCGUUAACCCGUAUCUCAGUUUUUAUUGCACUGUUUUCUUGAAGAGUUUUGAUUUAAACUGUCAAAUUUCGUUGUCGGGA